AUGGCAGUAGACGUAGAUGCAGAUUUGGAAAAUGUCACACGGGAAUUGCGUGACCUUCAAGUUUUAGUUGGUCGUUAUGACGAUUGUGCCAACGAGCUUCAAACGGAGUUAAAAAUGGCCAAUGAUGAAUAUUUUGAUUUAUUAAAUGCUCGGAGUUCAAAGAAUUCAAUAACAAAGGAAGCGAAACGAUACCGAGACGAGCUGGAAUUGGCCAUGAAAUCUCAGGCAGCAAACAAGAGAGAAGAUCAAGCCGAGGUGCACAUGAGAAAAUGCAGUGACCAACCACAUGCAUCGACCAAACCGGGACACCAGUCGGGUUUCGGUUAUUCGGACGAAUUUACCCAUCAACUGCUGGAUGUGACAUUUCAACUUCAUGAACAACUGUCACACAGUCAUUCACGAAGGCACCGAGAGCACAAAGAAAUGGAUCGUUUUGUAGACAAUCUGAAUAACAUGUAUCGGCAAAGUAUUGCUCAGUUACGUGAGCAGCAACGUAAAGAUUUGCAAACUCUGAGUGGCACUUUGCAACGAUCUGCCCAGAACCACUUGGGUAUCCUUGUAAGAGAACAACAGAAGCUCAAAGCGCGGUUACUUAGAGCCGAAGAAACAGAGAAGGAAUCGAAAAUUUUAAUCCAAGAUCUGAAGAAUCAGCUUUCAGAUGCAAUGCGAAAUGCCAUGCGAAAUUCUUGUAUUAUAGCUAUAACAUUCGAACUCAUCAAAGUGGUUCAUACGAGCUCCUGA